AUCUAUUUGUAGAUUAAAAUUUUCAAAACAUUUAUUGAACUGUGUUCCGGUGGUGCCAUUAUUAUUAUUAUUUUUACCACAACAACAAAAAACAAUAAAAAUAAUAAUCGUUCCAAACUGGUUCCAACAAGAGUCGUCUCCAUAGUUCCACGUGUGCCAUAUGUAUUUUUUUUUGUCUAUAACUGAAUUGAUUAGUUUUGUUUACAUGACAAAAAUUUGACGAGCAAUUUUUGGUUGAUUGGAAGAAACAAAAUUUUUCCUGAUUCAUUCAUUUUACAUAUACCUCACCAAUUCAUUCUAAUCACAACCGAAUUCUUCUGACUAGUCGAACGAAUUAUUUAUUUUAUUUACCUUUCCAAAGAAAAAUGUGACAGAGAUGUUGGUAAAAAUGAAAUCUAAUGGCAAUCAUACUUACGGUAAACAAUCAUUACGACGAUCAACAAAUCGUAAAAAUCUUAAAUUAAAAUUACGAACACAUCGUGAACAUAUGCAAAUUGUAACGAAUCGUAAACGUUCAUUAUAUGUUGAAUUUAUCGAUGAAAAUAUUGCUGUGCUUACAAUCGAAACAGCUAUCAUCUAUACGACAAUUGGACAUAAUUAUUUUGGAAAAUUAAAAUCACGAACCAUGACCGACAAUCAUUGUCGAAAUCUUGGUCUUGUAUCUCGUUAUUUCCAUACUGAUUUGGUUAAACUUAUCUAUGUAGAAGAUAUACCAAAAAUACUUAAUGAUUUUGAAUCGGGUAAAUCCUUAAAUCAGAUUAAAUAUUCAUCAUGGCCAAUAUUGAAAAUACCAUCAAACAUUCAUGAUCAAUCGAUGAUGGCUAUCUAUAAUAGGCCCGAAUUAUGUGAUCGUCUGAUUAAUCGGCUGUUUGCCGUUCAAAGCACUUUAUCUAUGUCCAUAUAUCGUACAACAACAUUUACAAAUCGUGUGAUUAAAAGUAUCAGUAAUUUAAUUGGUUUUUAAAAAAAUGAACAUUUAAAAAUAUUCUGAGAUUGAAAUAA